UUCGGAUGCAACGCAUUGAAUGAAAGUCGGUGGAUCGUUAGCAGGCUGUUGCCACCAGCAACUGGGAAUAGCUCCUCGCCGUUAAGUUCUCGUAUCCACGCACUUGGCGAGACUGUGUGAGCUGAUAUCAGGUUGCACGUGGGCAAAAGACAGGUUCUGGACAUUUGUGGAAGGGGAAGGACCGUUCCCGGUGUGUGGCAAUGCAGCGGGUCACGGCGCAGCUCGUCGCCGGGCUGGUUGCAGCGGUGCUGUCGCUGCUGACGGAGCAGUGCCGGGCGGACGGCGGGGCCCUCAUCCUGGCAGAACGGGUUAUCUGGGCUGUCAAUUGCGGUGGUGAAUCGCAUGUAGACGUGCACGGUAUUCACUUCAAAACGGACCCGUUGGAAGGAAAACUUGGCAAAGCAUCUGAUUAUGGGAUGCGUCUGCCAAUACUGCGCUCCAGUGCAGAUGACCAGAUUCUGUAUCAGACGGAGCGCUACAAUGAGGACACUUUUGGAUAUGAUAUCCCUAUACGUGAGGAAGGAGACUAUAUAUUAGUUAUGAAGUAUGCAGAAGUUUACUUCGCCCAGUCACAACAAAAGGUGUUUGACGUCCGUCUAAACGGCCAUGUGGUGGUGAAGGACCUGGAUAUCUUUGAGCGAGUUGGUCACAGUACCGCUCAUGAUGAGAUAGUGUCCUUUUCUAUUAGACGUGGCAAGCUGAGCGUGCAAGGAGAAGUGUCCACUUUCAACGGCAAGCUCACUGUGGAGUUUGUAAAGGGUUAUUAUGACAACCCCAAGGUCUGCGCUCUCUAUGUCAUGAAGGGGACACUAGAAGAUGUGCCAAAACUUCAGCCUCACCCUGGCUUGGAGAAGCCCGAGGAAGAGGAGGAAGAAGAGGAGGAGAGUGAGGCCGGCGAGGAAGGUGCGAAGAAAAAGGUCCCAGCAGAUUUCAAAUACAGGGUCCAGUCAGGGCCCCGAACACCAAACCCAUAUGCAGCAGACAACAGCAGCCUCAUGUUUCCCAUCCUUGUGGCGUUUGGGGUGUUCAUCCCCACACUGUUCUGCCUCUGUCGGCUGUGAGCUGCAACUAGCGAUCGAGGGGACGACAAGCAGACGAGACGGAGUGAGACUAUGGAGAGGGAGGAGGGGGGAGGGACGGGGUAGUGACGGCAGCACAGGUAAAGGCAUACACACAGGAGAGAGCUUGGAGAACAUUUUGACAACGGAGGACAAACGGAGACGAUAACUUUUCGUGAAGCCACUUGGCGACGAGGCAAAUGCUGCUGUUGAAUUCUGCCGCUUAGCAAAGAAAAGGAGAUCUAGGAAGUGUACGCUGUGCGCUUCUUUGUGAAUGUGUUUCGCAUCGAACUCCGCUGACAGUUUUGAACAAUGUUAGUCAUUUCCACUCAGACUGAGCAGAUGCUAGUCUUCAAGGUUUGAAACUACAUUUCAGCAACUAAGGGAUGCUCAGGAGUGAUUGGUCCGGGCCCGUUUUAUAAACUAAAAGCAUUGGCGCUCUACUGUGGCAAGGAAAUCCACUCUGUUUAACACUCCUGCUCCACAUCUGGUCAGAUGUGGUCCCUAAAAUUGGAAAUGGUGCUGCCUAGAAAUUGGUUAAAUAGUCAGUGUAGAUACAGUUGCCAUUUGAGAGGCUCCCAUUAUUCUCAACUUGCCACAUUUUUAUGUCUUUCGACUUCGAUCUAGUUUGUCAUUUGUUGACGAGCCAUCAUCUUCUUGCCAGAAAUUCUUGAAAUAACUUGCCGUCGAACCAGAUCUGUAGCUGGCGGGAUUAUUCUCUGUCUAAAUCCAAGUCUGCCUUUUUAUAUCGGUUGUUAGUUCCCCAAAUCUCCUGUGUGGUCACGCAUGAUAGACUUAUUUGGCAUUGUUCCAUCCAACACUGAUUCAAGGCCAUUAAACAUUCAAUAGUAAUCACAAACUCUCUUGUAGUUACUUUUUUUUUCUCCAUUUCAAUCCAUUUUAUAGUUUAAACAUUACAAAGUGAAAAUGUGGAACCGUUUCUUUCAAUAAGAGACGGCAGAAUCACGUUUAUGCUGUGAAAUGCUGAAGUGAGUCGGCAUCUUUCCAUCACUGUAUUUUCCGAGCGCUUUGCCUUCUCUAUUCAUUUAUUAAGUAUGCAUGCAUGCCUGCCGCUUUGUUUCACCAAAGAAUGAUUUUUUUUUAAAUUUAGUUCGAAAAAGAAAGCUUGGUGUCCUGUUCUAAUUUGACAAACGGCUCGCAGAUACCCUCCUGAAGGCCUCUGGGGCAAGUGGUUAGAAUUGUCUAUAUGUGGACGUACAGUACCUCUCACUUAUCUAAAUUGAUCUGAUUCAGAAGAAUAGAGUGUUGGAUGGAGUUUAUAUCGGUGGCUAACUGAGUGGACGGAAGUGUAAACAAUUUAAUUUUAAAAAAUCCUUAAUUAGUUUUUUAUUUCAAACGAUAUGCUGUGUUGACUCCGAUGGGCCGUGAACUUCAGUCCUCCGUGUGAUUUGAAAGCAAGAGGCCAGCCGGCCGCUGCAGCUCCAUGCAUUAAAUCAGAAAGAAUCAGUCAAUGCACUUUUUUCAAACAUCCCUAAAGUUGCUGUGUGUGUGUGUUUGUGUGUGUGUGUGUGUGUGUUCCACACAUUCAUCCACCUGCCGUCAGAAAAGAGAAAGCACAACAUCUGUUGUUUACUUGACGUUCUAAACCAACAGUUAUUGCAUUUUCCACAAUCCUCUCUCAGCCUUUUCGAAUCUGUUGUCUUAAACUUUUUAAUGUGGACUGUAACAUUUUGUUAAUUAAGUGUGAACUUUUCAGUGCAAUUAAGCUACUUGUUCUGGUCCUUGAAUUGAUUGAGCAGACUUUCUUUUUCUAUUUUUAUCUCAAAUUCAAGCCUUUUUUGCGACCUGGCCCCACGAUGACAUCUCGUUUAGUUUCCAUGCAGUCUGGAAAGCAGCGCUGUUCCUCCGUUUUCGUGGAGUUGCUUUGUGAACCCUCCUCUUUCUGUGUCUAGUUGCAUCCCUUAAGUGCUUAGCUCUUCCUCCAAGGCUGGUCGUGUAACUUUGCCUGCUUCAUUAAUGCUGAUGUCCCCAACACGCCCGGACGGCAGUGCUGUUGCCGUAUGCAGUGCUUGAAAUGGUUACGAAUUCCGGUGUUGUGGAUCCCUCCUCCGUCAAUUCUCCUUCCCAUUUUGAUUUGAUGGCGAGCAAGAUGUUUAUGCCCGAAAAUAUUUUGUCAAUUGUUGGUGUUUGAAAUUUCUUUCUCCUUGAUUUUAUUUUGAUGAUGUAAAUCCGACUCCUAUUUAAGACGUAUAAGCACCUUCUUGUUUUUCUUCUGAAAAGAUGCAAAAUGUUCAUUUAAUUCAGCGCCAAAGUCACCGUGUCUACACAGUUGCGUGUGUAUAUAAGGUACUAAAUCACACUUUUAUGGUGUGACAACAGUUUUGUUUUCCUCACGUUUGUGCUGUAGGUGAGGUGUAAGGGUUCCUUUGAUUAUCUCGUGACAACUUUGUGGGCUUUCUUCUGGGAGAGGAACGGUUGCCGGUACAGAGUAUACCUUUUUUUUUCUUUUUUCGGUGCAGGUUGAUGAACUGACUGUCGGGAAGUCGAAUAAAUGAGAUUGUGUCUGAAAAUAUGGAAUCUUCCAUUCUAUUAUAUAUAUAUAUAAUUUAAAUCAGAGCGGGGCUGAUCUGGAGAUAUUUUAUAAUGCUCUUUGAUUUUUAUGUUUUAAUUUUUUUCCUCAGGAUCCAUUUUGUUUUUGUGUUUUUAAAACUUGAUAUUUUAUUGGUGUGACAUUUUGCACUGCCUCAUGAAUUCUAAAAUCAUGUCAUUUUUGUGCGUUUGUCUUUGUUGCCUUGAAUUAUUGAAUACAUUGUGCUUUACUAUCAUUCACCUUGAGGUUGUUCUUUUGUUGGCUUAAAGAUACUUUCUUCAUCCCCAGGGGGGAAUUUGUUUGAAGCAGCGGCAAACAUGUUUAUCUGGGCUGGAUUCUCAUUGCACAGAAACCACUCUGGUUUGGAGGAAGGGCCAUCUGUCAGACUUAUUAUAUCUUGAACCUCAACUUUUCUGGGAGCAAAGCCAGUGAAAAAAGAAAUGUGAAAUGCAGACGUCCAGCACUUGCUUCAUUCUAGCUGCUCACGAAUCUGCGUUGGACUUGUUACUGUCCAUAUAUCUCAUAGCUGAAUGAACUAGAGGGGUAUGAAGAGCUGCUCUGUUUUUAGUUUUUUUUCACACUAGAACCAAAGAAUUGACUCCAUUCCAUCGUAAUUCUUCAACAGUCACCUGACUAACAGUUCUUCAUUUCUUUCUUUCUUUCUCUCUCUGGUAAAGCAGUGAAUGAGCCAGGCACAUAUUUGUUGUCCCCAUUAAUUAUUCCCUGCCAUGACACCUUGUCUUGAAAUGUCCAUCCUAAAAAAAAACUAUGUUAAUAGCUCUGUGAUUAAUGUAAAUUUGUUUAAGUUGACCUCUAUUACUAUUUGUCCUUGUUUUCUUCUUUUUACUUCAAAGCAACUAAACAUGAGAUGAAUUUAAACUGAGACAAAAUUAAACAGCAAAACAUCUGCCCAUGUACAUCUAAAAUGGCCACGGCUGAUAAAUGCUGUCUCUUUUUAAUAAAUGUGCUAUUUUAUCAGAA